AUGUCUCAACAACGUAUCAGCUUCAAGGUCGAGGGCGAAGUCCAAGGUGUCAACUUCAGAAGCUUCACCGUCAAGCAAGCCAAAUCUCUGGGAAUCACCGGUCACGUCCAGAAUGCCUCUGACGGCAGCGUCACUGGCGAAGCUCAGGGUGAUAGUGGUUCUUUGAAGGAAUUCCAGCAGCACCUGAACAAAGGUCCUUCGGCUGCUAAUGUGACAAAGCUUGAUGUCAACGAUAUCAAGACCAAGGAAGGCGAGAGUGACUUUACCCAGUGA